AUGAAUCAUCUCGACAACGCAAUUUCUCUUUACGAGGCAGCCAUAAAGCACAUUGAUGUCGGACACGCUGAGCUCCCCAGCUUACUAUUUAGCCUCGGAAACGCAUAUCUGAGCAAGUUUGAGAGGAGCGAGCAGGACGCGGAUAUCCAAUCCUGUAUUGGUGCAUAUCGUCGAGGUGCUGCCUCAAAUGGGUUCCCGUCUAUUCGCCUCGCGUGUGCCAAGGAAGCUGCCCUCCUGGCGGACUCUCAUGAUCACUCCCAUUGUCUUGAUGACUUUUCUUUGGCGAUUGGUCUUCUUUCAGAGGUGGCCGGUCUAGAACAAACCAUUCACCGCCGCCACGACUACAUCCAGCCACAUUCUGCUUUUAUCAACACAGCAAUCUCAACUGCCCUCAGCUUUGGGGAGGUAGAUAUCGCGCUUGAAUGGCUUGAACAAGGGCGCUGUUUGGUGUGGAAUCAAAUAACUGACCUAAGAAAUCCACUCAUUCGCCUCAAAGAUAAAUUCCCAUCUCAUGCUACUCGAUUCACGAAUCUUGCCUUGCAAUUGGAAUCAUAUAGCACAAGAGUAGACUCUUCGGCGCCUACAUCUUACGAGACUUUGCCAAAAGAUUUACACGCUCAAGACCAAACUCUGGCGCAUACACGACUCGCUUCAGAGUACAAGAGACUUCUUGACGAAAUCAGGUCUCUGCCAAAUUUUCAAGAUUUUCUCCGACCACAAAAAUGCAACAUCAUACUCUCUUCUUUACCACAUGAAGGGUCUGUUAUUAUAUUCAAUGUUCACAAGACUCGAUGCGAUGCAUUAGCUCUUAGCGCAGGGAUGGAGCACCCUUUGCACAUCCCGCUUCAAAAUUUCAGUGCUUCAGAUGCGGAAAGUCUGCGAAAAAUCCUUCAGACAGAUAUUUUGGGCCAACGUAGUAACGGUGAAGAGCGGGCGAGCCGACGCCGAAAAAACAAUCCGGAACCUAUGUCGUUCAUUCUUCGUGAAAUUUGGCAUAAGCUUGUGUUACCCAUCCUUGACGCUCUGGCAUAUCCCGAGCUUGUUAUUGGGGCUGAACGUAGCCGUUUGUGGUGGUGUCCAACGGGUUCUCUUUCAUUCCUUCCUCUUCACGCUGCUGGAAUUUAUGGGGAGAACUACCGGUACGGAUUAUGUAUUUCUGAUUUCGUGGUAUCAUCAUACACGCCUACAGUCAGAUCCGUCGUGGAAAAAAGUGCCGUCGCAUUGGAAUCGUCACCUUCCAAGUCUCGUAACCUUCUACUUGUUGGCCAGGCCAGCACUCCAGGUCUAAGUUCCUUACCUUCGACGAGAACGGAAAUUAGCUCUGUACAAUCAAUUACAAAACAUAUCCAUACUUUGCUGUUAGACGAUGCAGAUGCAACGGUGGAAAAAGUCCAGAAGGAAAUGCUGUCUCAUAGCUGGGCACACUUCGCAUGUUAUGGUGUCCAGGAUCGCGCAAACCCUCUCGAAAGUGGAAUUUGCCUUCAAAACGGGCGCCUUACCCUCUUGGAAAUUAUGAAACAUAGAAUUAUAGAUCCAGAGCUAGCAUUUCUCUCUGCAUGCCAAACAAGUCAAGGAGACUCACUAUUAUCCGAUGAAGUCGUCCAUCUCGCAGCAGGUAUGCUUGCCGUUGGAUAUCGAGGUGUAAUCGGUACAAUGUGGAACAUCACAGACUCAUAUGGCCCAAAAUUUGCUACCGAGUUUUAUCAGUACUUGAUGAGAGAGUCGAACAACGGAGGUCUGGACAGCACACGGGCAGCCUUUGCCUUGGAUUAUGCAACGAAAAUGGUUAGAGAUAGUCUGAAAGAUACUGAACGAGCGUUGGUGACGUGGGUUCCUUAUAUUCACCUCGGGUAUUAA